AUGGGUAAGAAUACUAUUACUACUCUUUUUACUCAGAAGAUUGAUGGUUUUAAAUGGGAUGUUUGUAACAUGUACUCACCUUGUGAUUACAAUGAGAGGGCUUUGUUUUGGUCUGACUUGGAGGAGGUUAGGAACUGGUGGAGUGGUCCCAUUUGCUUUACAGGAGAUGUUAAUGCAGUCAUAAGUAAUGAGGAGAGGAAUAAAAGGGAAGGUGAUAGCAGGAACAUGGUAAAUCCUUUACUAUGUAGGCUAGAUAGAUUUUUGCUUAGUGUGGAGAUGGAUUUGAGGUUUCCAGAAGCUAUCCAGGUGGCUCUAGCUAGGGUGACUUCUGACCAUAAGCCUAUAAUGUUGGUUACAAAACCAAAUAUAGUGUGUAAGCCUUAUUUUAAGUUUGAAAAUAGUUGGAUUCUGCAUAAGUAUUUCUUGAAAAAGAUUGAGGAAUGGUGGGGUAUAAUGAAGUUUCAAGGAAUUCCUAGUUUUGUAUUCUUUAAGAAACUUCAGAACUUGAAGUAUUUUUUGAAGAACUGGAGUAGGGAGGAAUUUGGUGGUGUUAAGAAGAAAAAGGAAGAGCUGGCUGAGAAGAUUGGUUGUUUGGAUCAGAUGGAGGAAUCUUAUGUUUUGUCUCAAGAUCAGUUUGAAGAGAGAUUAAGUUACAAGCUGAAAUUGAAGAAUAUUACACUUUUGGAGGCAAGUAAGUGGCAUUCUAGAGCUAAGAAGAAUGAGUUUUGGUGGGGAGACUCAAAUACUUCUUAUAUUUUUAGAAUUGCUAAUGUUAGAAAAAAGAGAAAUGAUAUUGCUAAACUGGAGAUAGAAGGUGAAGAAUGUUUUGAUCAACAAAGAAUUAGGAUGGAGAUGAGAAGUUAUUAUGAGAGUUUGUUUAAGGAACAAAAUGAUGUUUAUUUUUCUCUUGAUAAUUUGAAUUUUCCAAGAUAG